ACGUCUAUCAAGUAGAUCGCGCGAGUAUCGACGACCGAAUACGAGCGGUGUUUUUUUUUCUGGCGAUAUUAUCCGUCUGUUUCCGUCACUGUUAUCAAAGAGUGACCGUUCUCGAAGGACGAAUUCUGUUCUUGAAUAAUAUAAAGAACAAAACUAAUCCUACUCAAAAACGAAAUGCAGUGCAACGUUCGGCAUAUGGUCAAUCUUGCUGCCAAGGGCAGUGCAGCAGCUGGUCUCCGUAACCAUGGGGCAAUAUUGGGAGCCCUGUAUGGACGCUUCUACUCAACGAGUCACGAUGCUGAUUUGGUUGUGAUUGGUUCCGGUCCCGGAGGAUAUGUCGCUUCUAUCAAGGCAGCCCAACUUGGCAUGAAGACUGUCUGCGUCGAAAAAAAUGACACCCUGGGAGGCACAUGCUUGAACGUUGGCUGCAUUCCUUCCAAGGCUCUGUUGAACAACUCGCACUAUUAUCAUAUGGCCCACUCCGGAGAAAUGGCUAGUCGGGGUAUUUUAUCCGACAACAUUCGGUUGGAUCUCGAUGCUCUGAUGGAACAAAAGACAAAAGCGGUUAAGUCACUAACCAGUGGUAUCGCGCAACUUUUUAAAAAGAACAACGUUACGCACGUCAACGGAUGGGGAACCAUUACUGGCCCAAACACAGUAGUGGCGAAAAAAGCCGAUGGUAGCGAAGAAAUUGUUAAUGCAAAAAACAUCAUGAUUGCAACCGGCUCGGAAGUAACACCAUUCCCAGGUAUUAACGUCGAUGAAGAAACUAUAGUUUCUUCAACUGGUGCGAUUAAAUUGAAAGAAGUUCCCAAACGGUUGGGUUUGAUUGGUGCAGGUGUUAUUGGUCUUGAACUCGGUUCGGUUUGGUGCCGUCUCGGAUCAGAGGUGACAGCCAUUGAGUUUUUACCGACAAUUGGAGGUGCCGGCAUUGAUCAAGAAGUUUCGAAGUCUUUUCAAAAGAUUCUUACCAAGCAAGGUUUUAAAUUUCUACUAGGAACAAAGGUAAUCAGUGCAUCUAAAUCUGGUGGAGGCGUCACCGUUAGCGUUGAAAAUGCAAAGGAUGGAAGUAAGCAGGACUUGGAAUUUGAUGUACUACUGGUUUCAGUUGGUCGCCGACCUUUCACAGAAGGGCUUGGUUUGGAAAACGUUGGCAUAGUGAAAGAUGACCGUGGCCGCAUUCCAGUGAACACAGUGUUCCAAACUAUUGUCCCUAGCAUCUACGCAAUUGGUGAUUGCAUUCACGGUCCAAUGCUGGCUCACAAAGCUGAAGAUGAGGGAAUCAUCUGUGUCGAAGGAAUACUCGGGGGACAUGUCCACAUCGAUUACAACUGUGUUCCUAGUGUUGUGUAUACUCAUCCUGAGGUUGCCUGGGUUGGCAAAAACGAGGAAGAACUUAAAAAUGAAGGCGUUGCAUAUAACGUGGGCAAGUUUCCAUUUGCAGCCAACUCACGUGCCAAAACCAACAAUGACACUGACGGGUUCGUAAAAGUACUGGCCGACAAACAAACUGAUCGCGUGCUUGGUGUACAUAUCAUUGGACCGGCUGCCGGGGAACUGAUUAACGAAUCUGCUCUCGCGAUGGAAUAUGGUGCUUCAGCCGAAGACGUUGCCCGUGUGUGUCAUGCCCAUCCGACAUGUGCAGAAGCACUACGGGAAGCUCACACGGCCGCUUCCUUCGGCAAACCGAUUAAUUUCUAAAUAAGUAUGUAGUGUACGAUAAAUCCGAAUAUCAUCAAUGAAUAACAAAAACUGAGAAGUGAAGAAUUCCACAUGAAUUAAUGUUCUACUAAAGUACAUCCGCUUGAAACAUCAUUCAUUGUUUACAUGCAAAAUCUAUUCAAAGCGAAUAUCAUUUACAGCUGUUUCCAAGGAAGGAAAUGAUAAGUUUCAAUAAGUAAAGAACAGAAGCAAGAAUAAACUUUCUUCCCAAUACUAAAAGCAGAAGCAAGAACAAGCAAUUCUACAAUUUUGUAUCACGAAGCAUAUGGAACCUAUUAAAUUAUUAUUUUAGAUACAAUCUAAAAA